UUUCCGUUGCGUUAUUUUCAAACAAGGCUAAGUGAAAUUGCAAACUAAUCAUAGUGAACACACCCUAAUAAUUCAUGGUGUUAUUGCUUAAAGGAGAAGUAAGUAAUAGUUUUCAAAUAAUAAAGAGGAGUGUUGAAGGAAGCAAAUUGGUGUACAAUGUCUGGGAUUGCUAUUGCAAGAUUAGCCGAAGAAAGGAAGGCAUGGAGAAAGGACCACCCGUUUGGUUUUGUAGCAAGACCAGUUAAGAAUGGCGAUGGGAGUCUCAAUCUAAUGAGCUGGGAGUGUGCUAUACCUGGAAAGAAAUCGACUCCAUGGGAAGGUGGUCAGUACAAGCUUCGAAUGAUCUUUAAAGAUGACUACCCAUCCAGUCCCCCAAAAUGUAAAUUUGAGCCUCCUCUGUUCCAUCCGAAUGUAUACCCCUCAGGUACAGUUUGCCUGUCAUUGUUGGAUGAAGAGAAGGACUGGCGUCCAGCCAUUACUAUCAAACAGAUUCUUCUUGGAAUUCAAGAUCUUCUGAACGAGCCUAACAUUAAAGAUCCCGCUCAGGCAGAGGCCUACACCAUUUACUGUCAAAACCGUCUGGAGUAUGAGAAGAGAGUUCGUGCUCAAGCUCGUGCUAUGGCUCCCCAGGAAUAAUUCUGAAAGUGAGGUUGAUUUGUUUAGAUAUUUCAAAAUAAGAAUUCUGUUUGUCUAAGGCAGUAAGACUGAGAAAACUUAAUGGGACAUAUUUAAUAAAAUGGUAAUUUUGUGUCUGAAGCAGUUCUGAUCUAACAUACUGAGAAUGUUUUUAAGUUACUUUGUGACCCAUAUCUAACAACUCUCGUGCAUUAUGAUAAAAUCAAUACUUCAGAAUUAUCGCAGGUGUUUUCUUUUUGUUUAUUUAUAACUGCAUUUUUUACAUGUGUCUAUGUUUGGUUUAACCCUUUGCUCAUUCCAUUUAUACUUCAAUCGCCUUUUUUUCUUCUUGACAUGCCAUUAUAAGCCAUUGGUACAAGUUUACUGUGUUAGAUUGGGCAUGGAGAUUUUAAUUUUUUUAUGCCGUACUAAAUUAGAAUGGGCAAAGGGUAAAGUAUUAUUUAUGUCUGUAAAAUAAAUCAUAUUUGUAAUAUGUGUUUAAAAUAGAUUCUUUAAGCGUG